CCAGGUUGCCGCGCAGCCGCGCUCCCGAGCCUUUUUUUACCGCGGACCCCUCUGGCUGGGUUCUCCCGCCCGCUCCCGCGCAGCCCAACAGUGGUCCCGCCCCGCAGGUAGCGUCCCGCGUGGUGCAGCCCCGGCCGGAGCGGCGAUGCGCCUCAUUCAGAACAUGUGCACCAUCGCCGAGUACCCCGCCCCGGGCAGCGCCGCCGCUGCCGCCGACUGCUGCCUGGGGGCGGCCGGCCGCCGCCUGGUCAAGAUCGCCGUGGUGGGGGCCAGCGGCGUGGGCAAGACCGCUCUGGUGGUCCGGUUCCUCACCAAACGGUUCAUUGGUGACUAUGAAAGAAAUGCAGGUAACCUCUAUACCAGACAAGUGCAAAUAGAAGGUGAAACCCUGGCUAUUCAAGUUCAGGACACUCCAGGUGUUCAGGUCCACGAGAGCGGCCUGAGCUGCGGCGAACAGCUGGACAGAUGCAUUCGCUGGGCGGAUGCCGUGGUGAUCGUGUUCUCGGUCACCGACUACAAGAGCUACGAACUCAUCAGCCAGCUCCACCAGCACGUCCAGCAGCUGCACCUGGGCAGCCGGCUGCCGGUGGUGGUCGUGGCCAACAAAGCGGACCUGCUGCACGUCAAGCAGGUGGACCCCCAGCUGGGACUGCAGCUGGCAGGCGUGCUGGGCUGCUCCUUCUACGAGGUGUCGGUCAGCGAGAACUACAACGACGUCUACAACGCCUUCCACGUGCUGUGCAAGGAAGUGAGUCACAAACAGCAGCCCAGCAGCACGCCGGAGAAGCGACGCACCUCCCUCAUCCCCCGGCCCAAGUCCCCCAACAUGCAGGACCUGAAGAGGAGGUUCAAGCAAGCCCUCUCGGCCAAAGUGAGGACAGUCACCUCCGUCUGAAGCGGGGCCGUCCGCGGGGGUUUGGUCUUCCCGGGAAGGGGGCCCGAGGUUCUUCCGGGGCAGGAACGUUGAAUGCUGGCAGGAGUUCGUGGUUCCAGAAAGGGCCAGAGCCGAGGGGCCAGGAGGGCCCGUGGAACUGCUGCAGAAAAGCCGCGUUCUGAGCAGGGGACGGAACCGCGGAGGCUUGAGAGCGAGCCCGCUGAGCCGCUUUAAAGCGUGACCCGGACUGGGUGUCUUUUCCUUCCAAGACGGGGAGGGCGGCAGAAUCACUUGGGAGUUUGUUCCUGACCUUGUAAAUGACAGUCAGUGGUAGUUUCAGCGGCGGACUGGGUGUGUUGGCCGGCGGGAAUGAAAGAACAGAUUCAGCACUCAAAGGCUGUCCCCUUUCUUCUCUUUCUUUCUUUUUCCUUUUCUCCCCCACC